AGUACAGAGUCUGUGGCAAUGGAAACUCUCCCCAGUGCCCUAAAUGCAGAUGAGAAGUCUCCAGAGUCUAAGGACUUAUUGCCCAGUCAGACAGCUAGUUCUCUCUGCAUUAGCUCCCGGAGUGAAUCAGUCUGGACAGCUGGAAGCAAGAAUAAUUGGGAAAUCUUCCGUAAGCCCAUCAUCGUCAUGUCUACAGGUGGGGCUAUCUUCCUCUUCGGCGCAGUCAUCACUUGCUUGUCAUACACUCUGGAUUUACCUAAAAACUCAAGCGUCCUUAUUGGUUAUCAGAUGAGUGGGCCAGCCUUCCUUUCCCUAGGACUCAUGCUUAUGGUGUGUGGACUGGUGUGGGUACCCAUAAUUAAAAAAAAAAUGAAGCAGCGACAAAAGUCAGUUUUCUUUCAAAGCCUCAAAUCCUUUUUCCUGAAUCGCUGAUGAUAGCCUCAUCUUCACUUUGGUUGGGGGAAUGUAGUCUAAUGACCAGCAUCCAAUGCCUCCAGCUGCAUGGUGAGAUAGGUAAAGAAAAUAGAUCCAGUAAAAGUCUUUUCUUACUUUUAUGAGGAAGAAAGGAUUUUCAUUCCUUCACGGCACUCCCAGUUUGGAACGACAUAGAUUGAGAAGCUGAGCUUUGCUGGGUUAUGUCCCAAAAUAUCAUCUAUUUAGUCUUUCUAUUACCAUUGAUGCUUGAAACACUUCCUAACAGCAAGCACCACCUCUUAUCCCCUUCACCCAUUGCCCCUUUUAUGUACUUCAUCUCAACAACCUUCUCUCUCCUGAGCCAUAUGCUAGAGCAAACUGAACUUCAAGAAGAAGCUUCUUUUUACAUACCUGACUGCCAGAGUGGGAUAGAUAGAACCCUUGUCUAGGCCUUUGAACUUGGACAUCGAGAUGGAGGAGGGGACUGGGCAGUACAUCUUUCAGACUUGGAGUUUGACAUCUAGCCCCACCCCCAUCAACUCUCUUGGAGAAUUGAGACAUUGAGUUGCUUCCAGUAGACCAGACUGGUCUUGCUACCAGUGACAUCUUCAAACAUUCCAAAGAUUAAAAGGGGGAAGGGAGAAUGGGUGUAUAAUUACAUAGGUAAAUUCAUGAGAUAAAUAGGUCAUUGCCAAGAACAGUUUAGAUAGUAUCCACAGACCUCAGAGUCACCAGUUCUUUCUUGACUACCUGACUUUUUUUUUCUUUUCCUUCUGCAUUCAAUGAGCAGUUAUUCUGUGAUCUACCAACAAAUGUAUAAUAUCCUAACACUCCAAACCAUUUUAGGAAGAGAAGCAGAUCCCAAACCUGAGCUAGGCAUCUGUGGUAUCAAUUUUCUUUGCAACUCUGUCAAAAGUAAAAAAAAAAAAAAGAUAAAGUGCCAUAUGAGAAGAGUCUGCUGAUUCAUAGAAAGUGGUAAUCCACCUCCUAAAGUUUUAUCAAUAGUUGCAUCUAUCUGAAAUGAGAAAUUCUCAGCCAGAAGGGACCUGGAAGCUAUUUGUGGCAGCUCUGGCUCAGGAGUCAAUAGAACUAGGACCUCCAUUGUGUUAAAUGUAUGUCUUUCCUGCACCAUCCCCUCCAUGCCCUUCCUCCAAAAAAUGUCCUAGUAACCUUUCUCCACAGGGCCUUUAAUAUAUGUCUGCUUGCCAUAAUUAGUUCUCUAAGUGCCUUAUACUUUUUUCCUAGGUUGCUGAGAAGGAACUGGAGGCUUGUUUCUCCAAAUUCUUUAUAGAGGUUUGUGGAUAGUAUAUUAUUCUAGACACUUUCCACCCUCCUCAGUACAGAGCCAUGAGAAAGGAUCACCCUCAGAUGCUUGGACUUCUCUCUUGACUUCCUAAGCACUAUAGACACUUGAUAAACAGAAGCCAAGGUUAACCUAUGAGAGUGAGGUUUCCACCCUACUGCCACUGGUUCCCUCUGGAGAUUUUCUCUCACCUGAGAGAAAUCUGGUGAUUAGGUAGGGCAAGAAUUACAUAAAAUUAGAGCGAAGCCAUCUCCCUAAUUCUAAAGAUGAGGACCAGAAAAGGAAAGUAAAUUGCCCAAGGUUACAAAACAAAGUAAUGAUUCUUACCCAUCAGUCUUGAAUGGCAACUAGCUCUGCUAGGUUUUAUCAGUAUUUGAGCUCUAUCAAGAUAUGAUCUUAUUUAUCCCUGAAAAAUGUCCCAAUCCUAAACAAUUUCCCUUUAACUAGUUUCAGCAGACCAGAAUGGUACAGAAGGAGCACUCAAAUAAAUCAGAGGGUGUAAGUUCAAAAUCUGCCUCUACCUCCUUGCUACCUGAAUGAUCUUAGGCUAAUUAUUUAUCUGCAAAAUUAGGGUAUUGGAUUGCUUAAGUCCCUCCCAAUUUAUAUGAUGCCUAUGCUUUCUUUAGUCUAUUUGCAGCAGCAAAUGCAAAGGCACUGUUUGCAUUUGCAAAUGCAAAUGCCAGCUCUACUCUGGGCCCCUCCAAGAGACACAAGGAUGGGAAGGAAUUCCAUGCCACAGGGGGAGGGCUACUCUCCUCUGUGUCAUUAGCAAGCCUCUGCUGAUGCUCUGUGAUCUGGUAAACCCUAUGAGACCUGCACAGGGUCUGGUGCAACUUCUAUUUAAGUGGAUAGUAGUGUAGAUAAUUUUCUCUGAACAAUUUGAUUUACAUGUGUCCCAAGGCCUCCAGCUGUCUAGUCUUCCAUUGCUUCUAAAUUGUACCUUCUCACUUCAUAUGUGAGGACAAAGGACAAAAGCAUGUGACUGUGAGCUAUGGGGUCCACAGGUUCACUCUGAGGAAGAACAGCCUAGUGACUACUGGCCAAAGAUCUCAACUUAUUCAAUGAUGAGCAGUGAAUUUCUGAAAAAUAAGAAGCAAUUCAAACAUAGUGUUACAUUUAAGAAAGAAAAAAAAUCCACUUACAAUUCACCUCCUUUGUAAUCUUGAAGAGAGGGGGCAGGAUUAGCAUCAGUGUUCUACUCUGUUAUAUAAGCUUUUAUAAUAUACUAUUGCUGUGUUUGGGGAAAACUGAUUUUAUCUGUGACCUAU